AUGGUCGGCAUUCUAUCCUCAGUCGUCAAGUCCGUGAAGGGAGAGCGCAGCGCUAGGAAGCGCGCUGAGGAGCGCGAAGCCCGGCCGCCCGUGCAGCACCGCAAAAGCUGGAUGCAGAGCCUGAACAAUCUCAGCCAAGUCUUCCACGCCGACGACCAGCUCCAUCCGCCCCCUACAGACGGCACCUCGAGCUCCCCGAAGCGCGGCCGCUUCCCUUCGUUCGCCUCGUUCAGCAGCAAGGGGGAGUCGGUGCGGUCUAGGGGCGAUACGUCGUCGUCCCCGGCCAAGGACAAGUCCCUUGCGGCCCGCGUCCGCCCCAUCAGCGUCAGCCUCGGCUUUUCGGGGCACAAGCGCGGGAGCAGCAGCGCGACGGCGGGUAGCGGGCACGAGAGCUAUACGCCCUCGCCCCUGCACGAGGGUGCCCCGCACGUUCCUCAGGCGCAAGCGCCGAUGCUCCCCUCCCCUAUUCAGGCGUCGCCGAUGGUCACUCCGUCUGCGUCAACCGGUACCGCGCACGAGGAGAAGCCCGUCCGUCCGUCGACGGCCCCCGCCGGCGUGCGCAACGAGUCGCAGAUGGAGACCUCGGCGCUUGCGGCACGCAUGAACAAGCUCCGCGGGAUGGAGGAGGACACGGCGGCGCGGGUGUCGAAUGCGUCUGCGGCGACCUCGCAGUCAACGACGACGCCUAGCCAUCUGUCCCGCCCCACCCCCCUCGAUCGCACGCCGUCGUCGGACUCGGCGUCCGUGUACACGCAGUCGACGGCGCAGGACGAUUAUACGCCGUCGGCUAGUACGCCUGGGUCUCCUGCGACGGUGACGCCGACCACCAGCGUUGGACCCGCUCCGGCCCUGCCUCCCAAGACUCCGGCGAAGGCGGCAAGCCUCCGCGGCUUCGGCUCCGCUGCGAGGGGAUAUUUGUCCCCCAACGCGAAGCGCUCCAUUGAAGCGACGGCGAAUGGCUCUCAGGUGCCGGCGAACAACUCGCAGCCGCCAGCGAGCAGCCAGCAGUCGCCCACGCGCGACUUCCUGUCGAUGUCGACGCAGGACUUCUUGUCGGCGCCACCGAGCGCGGGCAAGACGCGUGCGGCGACGCUCAAUGGUGACCACGGCAAGGACUUCAUCGCGGUCGACAUCCCGAUGGAGUCGCCGUUCGCGGGGUGGAAGUUCUGA